AUGCCAUACAGCGAAGAUACGAUUAAGAAAAUGCUUCCUAAGAUAUAUCUUCGGAAGUGUGUGGCUCAUGAAAUAAACGUGGCAUUAACUUACUUCAGAAACCUUGUGCCCGUAAUGGAUAAAUAUGUUUACAAUGAUGGAACUACAAAGAACUUGAUGAGCUUAACCGGAACCAUUCCUGCCACGAUUAAUAAUAUAACAUAUAACAUUCCUAUUUGCCUGUGGAUUGAGGAAACCUACCCCCAAACUGCUCCCAUCUGCUAUAUCAGACCCACACAACAGAUGAUGAUCCUCAGCGGAAAGUAUAUCUCCAGCAAUGGUGAAGUCAUGCUGCCUUACCUGCGAGAGUGGAAGAAUGGGGAGUGUGACCUAAUGAGCCUUGUUCAGGUGAUGGUUGCCGUGUUUGGAGAAUUUCCUCCUGUGUGUAUGAAGCCUUCUGCAGAGCCUGAGCAAGCCUCUUGUAAGUAG